AUGGAAGGUCGUUUGGACGUUUGUCGCCGACUGGUAGCUGCUGGUGCCAACCCUUUGUGUGAGGACGAGCGCGGCUGGACUCCCAUAUUCUGCGCUGAGCAAGCUGGUGAGAAUGAGGUGUUGGAGCUUCUAUGCGCAUGCACGGAAAAGGCUGACCAGCUUCUGAAGGAGAAGCAAGGAUUGCCCCCAAUUCCACCAGUGAUUGCGGCGAGUGUGGAAGCGGUAGAGAACUACGGAUGGCAGGCGAUGCACGGCGGGCAAAAUGACUGGACUGCUCUCCAUUGGGCAGCUGCUGAGGGUCGACAAGUCCUGUGCGCUCGAUUGCUGCGAGACAAUGCAGAUCCAGCGCAAGCAGAUGACACUGGCAAGAGCGCCUUAGACUAUGCCCGGGAAUCUGGCCACCAAAGUACUUGGUUGCUUUUGUGGCAGGUACACCAGGAGCAAAUGUCCAAGGGCAAGUCCUCCACGAAGGAACUUGCACCGACUUCUUGGCCGAAAUUGCCCACCCAAUCCUAUGCUUCCUACCCGCAAUCGUUGCUACUGCCAUCGAAGCCUUGA